AUGGGGUUGCAGCCUUUAGAGUUCAGCGACUGCUACCUGGAUAGCCCCUGGUUCAGGGAGCGGGUGCGAGCCCACGAAGCCGAGCUGGAGAAAACUAAUAAGUUUAUUAAGGAGUUGCUCAAGGAUGGCAAAAACCUCAUCGCCGCCACCAAAAACCUUUCAGCAGCCCAGAGAAAAUUUGCCCAUUCUCUGAGAGACUUCAAAUUUGAAUUCAUUGGUGAUGCAGAGACAGAUGAUGAAAGAUACAUAGAUGCAUCCCUUCAUGAGUUUUCAAACUUUUUAAAAAAUCUGGAAGAACAAAGAGAAAUACUGGCACUCAGUGUUACUGAAACUCUGAUCAAACCUUUGGAAAGAUUUAGGAAAGAGCAGCUAGGAGCUGUAAAGGAGGAAAAGAAGAAGUUUGAUAAAGAGACAGAGAAGAACUACAGUUUGUUAGAAAAGCAUUUGAAUUUAUCAGCGAAGAAGAAAGAGCUACAAUUACAAGAGGCAGAUAACCAAGUGGAGCAGAACAGAAAACACUUCUACGAGCUGUCCCUCGAGUAUGUGUGCAAGUUGCAAGAGAUACAGGAGCGGAAGAAAUUUGAGUGUGUGGAACCUGUGCUAUCGUUUUUCCAGGGUUUGUUCACUUUCUAUCACCAGGGAUAUGAACUUGCAAAAGACUUCAAUCAUUACAAAAUGGCCCUGCAGAUAAACAUACAAAAUACGCGAAAUCGUUUUGAAGGCACGAGGUCAGAGGUAGAGGAGCUCAUGAACAAGAUCAGAAGAAACCCUCAGGAACAUAAAAGAGCAAAUCACUUCACAAUGGAAGGCUAUCUCUACGUACAGGAAAAAAGACCUGCCCCCUUUGGCUCCAGUUGGGUGAAGCACUAUUGCACGUACAGGAAAGAGACAAAGAAGUUCACCAUGAUCCCAUUUGAACACAGAUCAGGAGGGAAAGCUGGUGAUGAGGAACUCUUUGUCCUUACGUACUGCACCAAAAGAAAUAUAGAUACUAUAGACCGGCGAUUCUGUUUUGACUUGGAAGCUUCUGACAGGCCUGGGGUUCCUGUGACCAUGCAGGCAUUUUCUGAGGAGGACAGGAAGCUGUGGAUGGAAGCCUUGGAUGGAAAAGAAGCUCUGUUCAUCAAUUUGAAUAGAGCAGAUGCAAAACGAGAGGGAAGUGCACAGUUGGAUAAGAUAGGGUUCACUGUCAUCAAAAAGUGCAUCAGUGCUGUCGAAACACGAGGUAUAAAUGACCAAGGACUUUACAGAGUUGUGGGGGUGAGUUCAAAGGUCCAGAGACUUCUGAGUUUGUUGAUGGAUGCAAAAACCUGCAACGAAGUUGACCUGGAAAACUCUGUAGAUUGGGAAGUGAAGACAAUUACUAGUGCUAUGAAGCAAUAUCUGCGGAGCCUUCCAGAGCCACUGAUGACGUAUGAGUUGCAUGGAGAAUUCAUCGUUCCUGCCAAAAGUGGGAGUCCUGAAUCUCGAGUUAAUGCUGUUCACUUCUUGGUCCAUAAACUCCCAGAAAAGAACAAAGAGAUGCUGGAAAUUUUGGUGAAACAUUUAGCGAACGUUUCAAAGCACGCCAAGAGGAAUCUAAUGACUGUGGCAAACCUAGGGGUAGUAUUUGGACCAACCUUAAUGAGGCCACAGGAAGAAACUGUAGCAGCCAUCAUGGACCUGAAGUUUCAGAACAUCGUCGUUGAAAUCCUGAUAGAAAAUCACGAGAAGAUUUUCAAAAGCCUGCCUGAUGCCACUUUCCCUGAGCCAAUCUCUGUGUCAGUGUUUCCUCCAAAUGCCCCACCAAGGCAAUCAAGAAGACAAGGACAACGUGUUAAGAGGCCUCUGGCUGUGUACAAUUUCUGUCUUGAGCUGGAUGAUGCUGACAGUCACAGCUCUCCUAGAGAAGACACCCCAACUGGGAGCAUGGAUUCUCUGUCUUCCCAGUCUCCAACACCUGCCUUCUCUAGCAGUCCCCCCGGACUCCUGGAUGGAAAUCACCUUAUUAUGGACAGUGGAGAUCUUGCAGGCUGGACAAAUCUUCCUGGUCAAAGCCGCCCAUCGAUGGUCUCGUGGAUGAACACUCCGACUGCCAACCCUGCGGCCACAAAUCCUGUACCAUCCGCUUUCUUCUUCUCCAACCCUGCCUCUGGGAGUGACAGAGCAGUGGAAAGCGUUGCCCACCGGAAAGCAAGAGCGGUUUAUCCAUGCGAAGCAGAACAUAGCUCGGAAUUAUCGUUCCAGAUAGGAGAAAUUUUUGAAGAUGUGCAAUUUUCCAGAGAACCGGGAUGGCUAGAAGGCACGUUAAAUGGCAAGAGAGGACUUAUUCCACAAAAUUAUGUUCACUUUUUAUAGCUCUGUGCAUUGAACGCCAAGAAGGUGUACAUGGUAUCCAUGGAUUUGUGUUAUAGUCACUUCUCUCUACUUUUGUGACUGCUUUUAAUCAACGAAGAGCCUGACUAUGGGUCGAAGAUCCUAAUCUGUAUAAAGACAUUAAGUGUUGCCAAAUAUGAAUUACAAAAAAAAAAGAUUCUUUAAGGG